AUGCGACAACGCCGCGAUCGGGAAGCUCGCAAAAGGGCUGAACAGGAGGCCAAGGACAGGGAGCAGGAAGAAGUUGAGCGCCAACAGCAGGAAGCACGGGACAAGGCGCAAGCUCCGCCUUAUAGUGCUGGCGUUGCCGGAGACAGGACUUCGCAGCGGAGAGCUGCGGCUCCCAGAGCUGCCGGAGGACCAGAAGUUAAACCAGACCCGCGUGGUGCAAUCCCCACCGGCCAACAACCUCCCGGGCUGUCAUCUACCAUUCGACACCCACCGACACAAACCCAAGGACCAGGACCGCAGUCCCAGCAGGCACCAGUCCCACAACAACAAGUGCCCAUCCAGUCUGCUCCAGGUUUGUCAAAACCGCAAGCCCAGGCGCCUCAAUCUAACCAGCCUGGUGCUUCGCAACCGCAGCAACAGCCGCGUCGCGUUGCGUUUCCACAUGCAUUCGAACGCUGGGAAACUCUGUCUUCUCACUGGGAAGGACUUACUGGAUACUGGAUUCGAAAGCUCGAACAGAAUAACGAAGCAUUGGAACGUGAUCCGGUCAGCCAGCAGAUGGCCCGUCAAGUAACUGACCUGUCUGCUGCUGGCGCAAACCUGUUUCACGCAGUCGUUGAGUUGCAGCGUUUGCGAGCUUCCUCCGAGCGGAAAUUCCAGCGAUGGUUCUUCGAUACUCGCUCGGAGCAAGAGCGGUCGAAGGAACUUCAGGCUGACUUGGAGCGGCAGCUAAGAACGGAGCAACAAGCUCGCGCCGAGGCAUUGUCGGCGUCGCAAAAGGCCGAAAGUGACAAAGUCCGGGCCGAAGAUUUGCUCAAGGAAAUGCGCCGGGAGCUUCAGAUCUCCAAGGAAGAGGCGCGUCGGGCGUGGGAAGAGCUUGGUCGCCGCGAACAAGAGGAACGAGACCGAACGAACUCCCUUCGAAGCGGGGAACCCACACUAGUCGGAGGAGUCCAAGUAGUGCCGAUGAUCCAAGGUCUUCCAAACCGCCAGAAUCCCGCCAAUCGUCCCCAAACCCGAGAAACCUCUUAUGCUGGCGGUGAGGGUAAUGGAAAGAUUGGUGUCACUACUCCAGAAGGCCAUUAUUACGACGAAACGCCUGGCUCGCCCACAGAAACCGAUCCUUUCACAGAAGGGCGCAGAGCUUACCAGGAAUCCGAGGUGCCGCAUUCAGGCUCUUCCCGUCCCCCGGUGACUACGACUGCAGAAGCACCGGGGCACUACGGCGGCAGUUACUAUGACCAAGGAGGCGCGUACCAAGCCCGUCCGUCUUCCGAGAAUGACGACCGCUCCUAUGUCGGUAGCAGUGAGCCAGGCGAAGAAGAGUACGGUGCCUAUCGACGCAACCCUCAAGGUCGCCCAGUCGUGUACCCCCGGCCCAUGUCCGAGGAGAGUGACGAAGGAUCAAUGGACAGCGGCGAUCGUGGGUACAUGACAAGUACCAUGCCUCCAACUUCAGGGGCGAUGUAUGCCCCUAGCUAUGGCCAGGGCGGCUCUGUUGAUUAUAGCGGGUCGGGAUGGGGUGCUGACUCUGGAUGGGAGUCGGUCACCCCUCGCCACCGUCAUCCGACGCGCCUCAGUGAUGUUCUCGAAGAGGAAGAGCCGCGGACAACCCCAAGCCGCGCCAGUCGUGCUAGCCAAGCCAGCCGGAGUGUACAUUGA